AUGCCUAGUUACCUCAAAGUCCGACGUCCAUCCCCGACGACCGCCUCCUUCACCGUCUCCAACGCUUCCCAGUGCACGAGUACCCCCGCCAAAGCUCUCUUCUACCUCCAGUUCCUCCUGCGUGCAUGUAUAUUCGUCAGUGUCCUCGCCGUCUGCGCAGCGCGAUUACGAUCCUCGUUUUUCGCAAAAAAUGGGUCUUGGGUGCGGUGGACGGCCGUAUGGGCGAGUCCGUUGGGCGAACUAGCCUGUCGCAUUGCGGAUGAGUAUAGUCCUUUGGUCGUAACGGUUGGUAGUGUAAUUGCUCUAUAUGGGGUUUUUAGGAAGGGAUAUACAGAAGAGUCGCUUCUUGUCAUACGGGGGUUGGGGAUUCAGACGUCUACUUCUUCGAAUUCGUAUUUGUCCAAGGCUACGACGCGGUUUAUUCCUACCACUGAGAUUCAGGAUAUUGUGAUACAUGAGGCUUUCAAGGGGUUCGAGGUCCGGUUUUACCUUGCUGUUAUUGUGGAAGGGGAGCGGAAUGUUGUGGUGGUCUUUCCAAAUCUACUGCCGAAACGAGCAAUUCUGGAGGAAGUUUGGAGAGGUUCUCGACAUUGCCUCUAUGACGCGAAAUGA